AUGACCUCCACAGUUGCUACUUCCCGCCAGGCCGAGCGCAGGUCGCUCCGGUCCCCGCCCCCCAAGCCCAAGACCCGUGUCGCCCGCCCCCCGGUCCCCGUCAUCCCCCUCCACUUCCUCAAGCCCGUGCCCGCGCCCCAGGCCUGGUCGUCCACCGUGGUCAAGCCCGAGGCCGCCCCCGUCGACGGCAUGUUCCUCCCCCCUGGGUCCUGCCUUGUUCAGCCCCGCCCGAAGACUCAGCCCCGGCCGACCCGCCCCGCGCCCAGCACCGAGGUCGCCCACCGCCACGCCCACCUGUACGACUACAAGCCGAUCGCGGGGGCGCAGUACCAGACGCUGAAGUGCAAGCUGAUCUUCCUGCACGAGGCGCGGAAGCGGGACUCGAUUGUGUACCACUCUGUCCGCGACGUUUGA